AUGUUAAGUCGUUCAAAGUCACAUCUAGAUGGAAGUAACCGGUUCAUACUGUCUAUAUUGAAAUCUCCACAUCUUUUUAGUCCAACAGGAGAGCAACCAUCUACUGUAAGCCUAAAAGAGUUUUGUAGAGAUGGAUCUAAUUGGCAUAGUGGAGUGUCUUUACAAACUAGGGAUGACCAUGUUAGCCCACUUGCUCAAGAUAUCGAAGUCGAAUCACAGUACAAAAGUGUAGAAGGAGAUAAAGAAGAAGAUCCCGGUCUAUCGCUUAAGGUUAUACUUGGGAUUGACUCUGGCAGAAUAUUGAGCUAUUCUCUGCCUAAAGUGAUACAUAAGACAUCUGGGUUACGAGAUGCUAUAAGAAAAUCGCCAACAAAAUCAAAACAUAACGCCAGUUUGUCUCUAACAAGCUUAGAUCUUGUUAUCAAUCAAUUUCAAUUAGCUUCCCCCUUUUCUGAAUAUUAUAUCAAAUCCAAAUCCAAGAAAAGUUGGGUUUCCGUGCCAAAUUACAUUCCUUAUAGAGUCUUAGAUGCACCAGGACUUCGGAACGAUUUCUAUUCCAAUCUAAUUUCUUGGUCUUCCAAAACUAAUAAUAUUGCAGUGGGAUUAGAUCGUCAAGUAUACUUAUGGAAUAAUCAAGAUGGAGUUUCUUUAGUUAAAAUGGACAAUAGGGGAAUUAUCACCUGUAUUUCCUUUUCAAAGAGCGAUUUCUUCUUGGUGGGGACGCUGACAGGUAAUUUAUGCCUAUUGUCCCAAACUCAAAAUAAAGUGAUAGGUAGGGUUCGUAUAGAAGGAGCUGGUAUUUGCUGCUUACAUUGGAGUAAAUGCGAUAGUUUCUUCUUUGUGGGUGACAGUAAGGGAGUAGUGACUUGUUAUGAGAUUGUUAUUAUUCCUAGGAAGGAAAGAGAUUAUAAUUCCAUGUACGCCAUAACUUUUGUCAAAAGGUCGUGCUUUAUAUUUCACAAACAACAAAUAUGUGGGAUUGCACUAAGUAAAGAAGAAAACGAAAUAGCGAUAGGUGGAAACGACAACUAUUGUACAAUCUGGGAUAUUUCACAAAUUGGUUCACCAAUCUUGAAACAUUUAUUACCACACAAUGCAGCUGUCAAGGCGAUUGCAUAUUGCCCAUGGUCAAAGGCUUUGCUAGCAACAGGCGGAGGAACUAGAGAUAGAAAUUUAAGAUUUUGGCACACCACUACAGGAACCUUAUUACAUAUAUUUGAUACAACCUAUCAGAUUACAUCCCUAAUCUGGUCCACAUUCUCAAAAGAAAUUGUGGUUACAUUCGGAUUUGGAGAUGAUAACAAUAGGCUAAUAGUCGCUGGAUACACUUUUCCAAAUUUGUCACAGGUGUUUAAAGUUAACGCCGGUACAAAUUUAAGAAUACUAAGUGCCAUAUUAUCACCUGAUAAUGAAAGUAUAUGUGUUACAACUAAUGAUGAAACAAUUCGUUUUUACAAGAUUUGGAAACAUACUUCUCACCCUCUAGUUUGCUCUCCUGAAACUCCUAGUUUUGGGGUAUACGGUAGUCCCAUAAUUGAGUUGUUUGAAGGUGUAAACAAAAAGGGAGAAGUAAUUAGGUAG